UUAUUCACACGAAGUAGAAAAAGAAGAGGAAGAAGAUAAAGAUGAUGGCGGCCUGCAUGUCCCUACAGUCCACCGUGCUCCGCAGUGCGCUGCGAGGAGCCAUCAGCCUACACAUCCGCUCACCGGGGCCUCCUGCCGCAGCUGUCGGGCUCAGGUUUGUCUGUAACGCUGCUCCAGACAAACCAAAGAAGUUGAUAAAUGAAUCUACGGAGGAAUACAAGUUCGUAGAGCGGCUCAUCCCACCGUCACGAGUCCCGGCUCCGCCUAAACAUGCCGGUCCCACUCCGUCCGGCUGGACCCCUCCUGCAGAUUCACCGCCGCCUCUGCCCUACAUGAUCCGCCGCUCCCGCAUGCACAACAUCCCAGUUUACACCGACCUGACCCACGGCAGCCGUAAGACAACGCUCGUACGGAAAGUGGAGGGGAACAUCUGGGCUCUGGAGAAGGACGUGAAGCAAUACCUGAAGGAGGUGACGGGCAAAGAGCUGCCCACACAGGUCAAUGAGGUCACCAUGACCCUGACGGUCAAAGGUCAUGUGGACAAUGAACUGAAACAAUGGUUGCUCAGCAAAGGCUUCUGACUGCAGUGAUGAGCUUCCAGGACUGUCACAACAACAUACGCAGGGGGCACAGAGCUGUCCAUGUGGAGAUGGAGAGGACCACUGGGACCUUACUGGGAUCAGCUGGCAUCUCAACACCUUAAACAUUGUCCUACAGUGCUUUAAAUUCCAUUUAAAUCCAUAUGGAAGGACAGUUUUUGACUUCUGCCACUUUAUUGAACUUUCUUAAGACACCAGAGAAAUGUUGAAGUUGUGAGAUCAGCUGUUUAACAGUGUACAUACCUGUAUGUUAUGAAUGAAACAUUAAAUAUAAAAGCAUAGCCA